AUGUCCAUGGAAUGCCUCCCUGCGGAGCUUCAUCCUCACCCUCAUCUCGUCAGACAGCCAGCAAAGAAGAGCCAGGCGAGAUUGGCGGGUCUUCCCUUCAGCGUACAAGGUCGCAUCGUCUCGGCGUACAUGUCGGCUGCAGAAGAGCCGUCUUCGGCAAUUGAAGUAGACCUUGGUAUGCGCCGGAUACGUGGCCUCGAGCACCUAUACGCCUUGCUCGCUCUGAAUCGCUCCUUUCGGCUGAAAGCGCUAUCCUCCAUCACAAUGCUGGCCGAGCCAGUAACGGUGCGCCUUCCGAUGAAUACCACCUCUAAGGAUAAGUCGGAUUUCUGGGACCUCCUUCGCUAUGUAUGCGAAGAUGCCGGAGGUCCAGAUCGCUUCGAUUCGUACUUCCUCAAGAUCCUGAAGGACCAACUCUCGCCUGCGUUCACCAGCGAUUCCAUAGAGCAAGCCUCAACAUUGCCAGUCCACUCCAUCGCUGACACAGAUACGAAAGAUCCCAUGGAUCUGGCUGGCCAUGACCCUUUCGCGCCCGCUACGAGCACCCGUUCCAUGCAGACAAUGGAGCCAACGAAACCUUCCACCAGUCCGCAAACCGACACUGAAGACUUCGAUGACAUCGCAGCAGCGAUCAGUCUGAUGAUGAUGCAGACUGCCGACUCGGCCAAAGACAAGUUCUCCUUGGACAACGAUCACUCCGGUACCCUUGAAGCUCCCAAAAUUCCCUCCAUACGGGUGACAGAACCGAACAAGAACGACAUAUCGUUGGAGACAAAAGACUUUGGUAGUUUUAUCGCAGCUACAACAACAAGGAGAGCGCUCCCAAUUCGCAUCCCUUCCAAAUUCACCAGUCAUCGCGUUGCUGCUGGCUCUCCCACUCUCAGCUUUGCGCAACAAUCCACUGUGGUUGAUGAACAGCUGCCACUGGCCUGGCUCCAAGACAUGUCCAACGGCCCUGAGUUCGGUGGCGGCGAUGUGACCAAUUGGGAUGACCCCACACCGGAAUGCUUUUCCGCACUGCCGCCUGUACUGGAGCGGACUCCAAUGUUGCCAACGCAAGCGGCUAUGAACUCAACUCACGACAUAUGUCUUCCAUUGGACAACGCCACUUCCAUAAGCCUGUGGCUCGGCGAUAUCAGCAGUGGGUUCACACCUGAGUCCUUGAGUUCUUCUCUACCAUCACCGGAGGAGCGCGCAGCCCCAUGUUCGAGCCGAGAGUACGACUCGUCAGGGCUAUCUCAAUUAUGCGAAUUGCCUACGGUUCCACCGAAGAAGCGCAAGCGCUCGUCCUCCGUCUUCUUGCAGCAGUUCGCCUAUCCCGAUAUGGCAAACGAUAUGCAUGCGAUAGAGAGCCUAUGGGAGGGCCCAACGUGCGUGGAGCAGGCCGACGACGACAACAAUCAUGUGAACGAGCCCUCAUUGAACCAUGCGACAGGUGUCACAUGCGAGACGGUCAUUAUUGAAGCGCCCAUAAUCUGGGCAAUGAAGAACCCGGCCGUAUCCCUGAACUAG